GAUGCUUCUUAUCGUGAUUUUCAAGCUGUAUAUAUACAAUUGAAUUUUUAUUUUCAACAUCAGUCAAACUUUAAAGCUCAAAUUGAAGACAAGACAAAAACAAUGAAAUUAACAGUUGCAAUUUUCACAUUCCUCGCUGCCAUUGCUGCCAUCAAAGCAAAUCCAAUUUCAAUUAAUGAAAAUAAUGUUGGAGAUAUUGUAACAGUUGGUGUCAAUGCAAAUGCAAACCUCUCAAGUGACAUUAAUGUGAACGUCAUUACCGCUCUACUUGCUCUCGUAAAUCAACAAGCCGCAAUCAUCAACCCUCAAGCUGAUGGAAGUGUUCCACAAACGCCUGAUUUAUCAAGCUUCAUUUCACCUGAAUUUCUCAAUGAAGUUAAAAACAUCAAAAUCACACCUGAAAUGAUCGAUGGAUUGAAAAAGUUGAUAAAUUGAAAUUUUUUCCGACGGAUGUUGUUGGUGUCAUGAGAUGAUAGACUGGACGAUUUAAAGAGUUUUAGAUGUAAAAAUUUUUAAUUAAAAUACUUAACUUUUGAAUAAAGACUUAAAGUUUUGAAAACACAAUA